AUGCCCGUAUCCGAGUCACCCGCCUAUGUGGGCGUCGCACAGCGUAAACAAGCCCAGCUCUCUGCAUCUAUCCCUGCCGAAUGGCGCCUACCCGCACACCUCAUUCCCCCGGGGAUGCUCUCGCCCGCCGAGUCCAUCACCGACGGCCCGAAGAAAUACGGGCGCGUCAACGUGAUGGAGAUCCCGCGCACAUGUGGAAUUCUCACUUCCCAAGAGCUGGAUAUUACUGAGAAGUACAAUGUGCGCGGAUUAGUGGCGGAGAUGACGGAGGGGAGAUUGAAGGCCGAAGAGGUGAGAGCGGCAAUUGCCCACCAACUCACGCGCUGUCUGACAGAACCUCUCUUCACCCGCGCUUUGCAACGAGCGCGUAAGCUGGACGAGCACCUCCAGCGCACGGGAACCCCCGUCGGUCCACUGCACGGCCUACCCGUGUCCGUCAAGGACACCUUCUGCGUAGAGGGUGUGGACUCGAGUAUCGGGUUGUCAGCCCUAGCAUUCAAGCCUGCGUCGGCGAACGCACCACUCGUCGACCUACUGCAAUCGCUCGGCGCGGUGGUGAUCGCCAAGACGAACAUCCCACAGACCCUGGCCACGCUGGACAGCUGCAACCACCUCUUCGGGCGCACGCUGAACCCGCUAAACCGCCAGUGGACCGCCGGCGGCAGUACAGGCGGCGAGGGCGUGCUAGUCGCUAUGCAUGGGUCGAUGGUCGGCUUCGGCACAGAUAUCGGGGGCAGCAUCCGCGUGCCGGCUAUGUGUCAGGGGAUCUAUGGAUUCAAGCCCAGCCAGGGACGUGUGCCUUUCGGUGGACAGGAGAGCGGGCAAAUGGCUGGGAAGGGACGCAUUGCGCUGCAAGCCGUGGCUGGGCCAUUGGCUCGGUCGGUGGCAGAUCUCGACGCCGUGAUGGCGGAGAUUGUCCCUCGCGCGGAGCUAUUCGGUGAGGACGGUAUCCCUGGCUACUGGCCGUCUCCAACGAUCUCCCUGUCACCUCCACGGAACUUCACAGUGGGCGUCUUAAAGACAGACGGCCUCGUCACUCCCCUGCCACCGAUCACUCGCAUCCUAAGCGAGGUCGCAACCCUCCUGCGCCGCACGCCAGGCGUCGAAGUCAUCGACAUCCCGCUCCCACCAGUUCUUCCCAAAUGCCAAGCCCUAGCUGGCCGCCUCAUGGGCGUCGACGAUGGAUCCAACAUGCUUGAUUUGAUUGAGGGUAUGGGCGAGCCACUCAUUCCAUGGCUGCAGGGCCGCAUGAAGCGCGGCAAAGCCCUGCAUAUCAAUCAACUGGCGGCACUGCAGGCCCAGCGAGCAGAGGUCGAGAGGGAGAUGAUGGAGAUGUGGACUCUCUCCUCCUCCAAGCAUACGCGUCGUAUCGACGCUAUCAUCUGCCCCGUCGCGCCGCAUCCCGUCCCUGAACUGGACCGCUACAAUGCUGUGGGCUAUACCUCCACCUUCGUGCUACUUGAUUACCCGGCUGGAGUGGUCCCUGUGCGGCCGUUUGGUGAGAAGGAUCUUGAAAGCGGCCGUGAAAUGGAUGCGCCGGUGCUGGGAAGCUGGGAUAAGGCGAAUCGACUGUUGUAUCGACCAGGGAACGAAAAAACGGUCGACCGCCGCGUAUACCUGGAUUCUCCGCUCAGUGUCCAGGUCAUCACGCCUAAGCAGCAUGACUAUGAUCUGCUCCGGGCGAUGGAGAUUGUGGAUCGUGCGGUGCAGGGGCAGAGUGUGAAUGCGAAGCUAUGA